AUGCAUGGAAAUUCUAACGAAACAAUCCUUUUGUCUGGUUUGCAUACUUCCGAUCCAGCAGAAAUCAAGCAAAUGUUUCUGAACCUAACAGCAGAGUUGGAAAAUCUCAAGAGACAAAUAGAUGUACUUGGUGAUGAAAAAAAGUUGCUUCAAAACAGAGUAUUCUUCUUGGAAGUGGAAUUGAAUAAACUAAAUUCGUCUAAGACCCCUUCCAGUAAUGAAUUAAUGGCGUAUCUAAGAAGCACGAAGCACAUAAUUCAAACUUUGGCGGCAAAUGAAGAAUACGACAAAAAUCUAACUCUCCGACUUAAUGAAGCGGAGAAUAAUUUGGCGAUAUGUGUUAAGCAAAACAAAAACUUAACUCAGCAACUUAACGAAGUAGUGAAUAACAUGGCUGCAAAUGAAGUGUAUGACAAAAACGUAAGUCAAUGGCUCGGUGUUGCAAUGGACAACUUAAAUGACUUAAAGAUUCCAAUGCGAUAUACAAGCUUAUCACUACUAGACGUUCAUUCUAAGAUGGAAGAACUAAAUACAACGGUAACCAGAAAUUAUGACGAUCGAAUAAAGGAUCUCCAUGGGCGAAUAACAAGUAUGUAUUCAAGCAUUGCCGAUUCUUAA